AACAAAAGUUCAAUUACUACUAAAAUAGAGAGAAUACUGUAUAUUCAAGGUGUCAUACAACCUGAUGUGUUGAAGUGUUAUUUUAUAUAUACAAGUCAUAUAAUAAUGUGAAUCUAUAUUGUUUAUUUGGUCCCAUAUACACUUCCAAACGUGUCUAUUCUAUAUAUGCUUGAAUUCUUGUUUUGUUUUGUUUUUUCCUGUUUUUCAGAAAUUUAAAUGUAAAGUAAUAUAUAUGUUCUUUUCUUUUCCACAGUUUAUCUCCGGUGUUUGCACUUUUUGUUCCAUUUUAUUGUUCAGUGCCACGAGUAUCCUUGGCUCACAUAUUUGGGUGGUUUCCAAUCACGAACAAAACAUUAGUGUACAUCGUGGGAUUACAGCUUUUGACUUCAAAUCCGUACAUGCUGGUGGUUGCAGCAAGUGGGCUGAUUUCAGGCUUUUGGUACAAGAAGAAUGUUCUCAGUGUUCAGCAGGUUCUUUACAUCCCUAAUGGCAUAGCAAAAAUCUUCUCCCAUACUGUAGAACCAAUAUUCUCAUCUGCCGAGCCUGUCGGUGAGGCCAGUAUUGGGAUGGGAGCAACUGUUGACAUACAAAGGCAGCAGAGGAUAGAGCUGCUGGACCAGCAAAUAAUGCUUUCCCAAAUUUCUCAGCUGGGAAGACGACGGCAAGAGCAGGGAGGAAUGUUUGUUUGGAAUCGUUUAUUUCCACCAUUACGGCAACGACAGGUGGUAAAUCAAGCAGAACCACAGGCACCACCUCCUCCUCCAGCUCCUGAGGAACAGGUUGCACAACUGAUGGAGAUGGGAUUCUCCAGAGAUGAUGUCUUAACUGCACUAAGGGCAUCAAACAAUGAUGUCAACUUGGCUACCAACUUUUUAUUACAGCGAUGA